AUGAUUUCCAAAUUUGAGUUCAGCUCUCUUUAACUACUGUUUGAUACUAAAAAAUGUUUAGAUCAAGUUUCAGAGUUCAAAUUGCAAAUCUUCCUAUUCUUGUUCCUUUUACCGUUGAAGUCAAAGUGGUCCUAAAGGUGGAUCUCCAAGAUGACAAAAUCAGAAAAAAGGCCAUGCAGAGAGUAUCUGGCAUUUCGGGGGUUGAGUCCGUCUCUGUGGACAUGAAGGACAAUAAAAUGACUGUAAUUGGGGAUGUUGAUUCUGUUAAAGUGGCCAUAAAGCUUAAAAAAUUGUGUCAUGCAGACAUACUUUCAGUUGGACCUGCAAAGGAACCAAAGAAAGAAGAGAAGCCACCAGAACCCAAGAAACAACCAGAAUCCAAGAAAGAUCCAAAGGAGGAAUAUGCGCAACUUUUGAAGAUCUAUGAAGCUUAUUUCAACCAAAUUAGACAGCAACCAUAUCCAUAUUACUAUAACAGAACAGUGGAAGAGAAUCCAUGUGCUUCUUGUGUUAUUUGCUAAGUAUUAGAAUAUCACGGAGUUCAAUGCAUACUAAACAAAUUACAUUAGAUUAUGAUAUCUAUUAGAAACUAAAUUUAAGCAAUUAAAACAUUAAAAAAAGAAUAAAAGAAGACAGUGCUGUAAGUUGAAGGAGAGUCAUGUUUCUUUUAGAAUUUUCCAUUUUUUUUUUCUUUCUUUGCUAAGUCUAGAAGCAGAUAAGUAUAUUAUGUACAUUAUUUUGUUGUGUAAUACAGUGUGUUCAAAAUUUUAGAAUGAUUGCU